UUCCGCCUCCACCCCCACCGCAAGGCUACCACCACAUUACACUCACAACCGCUGCUUAGUAAUCAUGGAGAACUAUGGAGGUCAAGGUACUCAAGAGAAGGCUGGCCCGGUUCAGUUGCCGGGUGUUCAUGGCAACACGAGUCCUCCGGCGAGGGCCGCUCCCCUCGCCAGAGUUUCGGGGAACACACAGCACCAAGGCCAAGGACCUCCUCCUCCUACUAGGCUACCGCUGCCCCGCGGUUUAGUGAUACGCGUCGCAGUCAUCAA